CUUUAGCUAGUGUUGAAUCAACGGUCUCAGUAGAGCUACAGCACGACAGAAGAGUUGUAAAGUAACAGCAAUGCAGGACUUUAAUGGAUAUUGUGUUUCCUUCUCUGCAGUGCUGCUGUUUGGUGUUCUUCAGGGUGUGUGUGUUGUUUUAGCUGAUACAAACACAGUGGUGUACAGAGCUACUGGAACCUCACUGGAUCUAAUGGUGAAACAUCCUAAAGACUCAGUGUCAAGUGUAGAGUGGGUCUUCAAUGGGAAUGUGAUUUCUAAAUACUCUAAAAGUGAAGCUUACUCACAUCAGGAAUCCCAGUUCACUGGACGGUUAAAAGAAGAUAGUGAUAAAGUUGGAGUAACUGUACAAGAUCUUCAACCCCAAGAUGCUGGGAAGUUCAAAGUGGUUGUAGAUGGAACUGAAGAACAGUAUCCAACAGAGACAUUUACAGUUUAUAUUCAAAACCCCAUAAUAUCUGUGCAGAUUGAGAAGAAUCAGACAUGGAAAAUGUCCACAAACAGCUGUGAUGUCGAUGUGAAAUGUGCAGCACUCGGAUCUGAGAGUGUUUCCUAUCUGUGGAGCGGCUAUAAGACUGCUAGUGGAGCUCAACUGCAGUUCACUCUCUCACCUGCAGGAGGAGCUGUUACACUGAACUGUACUGCAAAUAACAGAGUCAGCUCCAGUUCUGCUUCAGAGAAACUCAGCUGUAGUGAAAAUCCCAGUAAUAAUCCAGCUCCCCUGUCAGUGCUUAAACUGAUCAGUAGUCUAGUGGCAGCCUGUCCAUAUCUGGUAGUGACCAUCAUUCUCUGUGUAAUAUGUUUCAGAGCUCAAGGUCAUCAUGACAACCAGCAUGUUGUAACUGAGGAGUGAGCACUGUUUUUGUUUUGUUUUGUUUUGUUUUGUUUUGUUUUGUUUUGUUUUGUUUUGUUUUGUUUUGUUUUGUUUUGUUUAAAUUACAUGUUUUUAUUCAGUUCAGUGUAUAGUUUACAUUUUUAUUAAUUAUAAUAAUAUUUUCAUUUACACUCAGACUUCAGGGACACAGCAUGCGUUUAUUGUUAUUCUUAUCUUUGCACUUCUUUAGACUUACUGGUGGAUAUUCUAGUCCAGAUUAGGGGUCACAACAGUGCAUACCCUUGUAACAGCAUGUGAUAUCUUAAUGGCUAAGGUGCUGUGCUACUGCAGGUUGUUUGUUCAAAUCCCAGGUCCACCAAGUUACCACUGCUGAGCCCCUGAGCAAAAGCCUUAACCCUCAAUUACUAAGUUGUAUAAAAUGUAAGUCACUCUGGUUAUAAGUGUCUGACAAAUGCUGUAACUGUAAAUAAUUGAUAAGAAAUCCUCUGGAUUUUGAAUAUCUUCCAUUGUUACAUCAACUGAUUACAUUACCACUGCAGUAUUUUGCUCCUUUUUUAUUAAUAAAGUCUAUUUGUUUUACUCUGCA